UAGAUAUUAGGGUAGUAAGUGAACUGAUCGGACCUGUCCUCUAAGGCUUGCAGUCGUUUCUCAUCUCAACGACAGUUAGAUGAUGGGACCGACCAGCAAAGAGAUCACCACCACGACAGUGGGGUGUUCCAGCUGAGUGAUCCGAGUUCUAGAAAGCACUGCACCGCGCUUGAAUAAUUGUUUGGCUCUCGCUCAACACCCAAUGAAAUACCCUAGGCUAGCUUCUUGUUAAAUUGAAUCAACCUCUAGUUUACUUGUUUUCUGCGCCACCAAUUGAAUUGAAAACCAUUUUCUUCUUAGCUUGAUAUUGAGAUUUAUAAGAGUAAAGUGUAGACUGGUCCUCUGGAUUGAAUCUAAAGUACUAUAAUCACAACUGUUAACUUGGCAGUAGCAAAGAUUCAUAUUUAGUGUAUCAAUUGCCAUAACGGCGGAGCGUUUCUUUACUGGGAAAAGGGAAUUGGGAACGAUAAGUUUCAGGUUAGGUUAGAUAACCUCUUGAAUUGAGAUAUUAAGAUAACAUUUAUAAACAAAUAUGAAUUAAUACUAAGAUUUACACCAUCCAAGAACUAUUAAGUUAAUGAAUGUGCUACAUGACGUUGACCUAAAAUAUUAAGUCAUCCAAUUUUUUUAGGUCAUCCAAUUUUAGUUACGUUUUGUUAACAAUUGUGCAGUUAUUUUGAUUCUGUUUUUUUUUUCUAAUGUUUUGUAAAUAUAAAGCUGAAACUAACUAGAAGUCUCAAAACUUCACCGACGUGGCUUCUCAUCCGGUUUUCUUCUGAUUCGAUAUCUAGAACUUCUUCUUAUGCAUCAGAAGCUUCGGUUUACUAAACUAUAGCCGAAAUUCUAGAGAAGUUAUCAUCAAAAUUCUCAUAAUUGACAUCUAAAGCUUUCUUGUAUGCUGAUAGACUUCAAUUACUAUAUCAAUAAUAUCCAGCCUGAUUAACUUCUGAAGGUUCUCGGUUCUUAUGGGGGAGCGACAUCUAAAAUAGAGACUUGAAAAAAAAAUCUAAGAAAUGAAAUAUGUCGACCAGGACUAGGGCGGAGGAAUCUUAUCAUGCAUAACUAAACAAAACGCUUUUGGACAGGAAUAUCGACUAAUUGAAGCAAUUAUGAUCCCGGCCAAGGAACAAAUGCAACAAUAAGUUUGUAUGGUUCAAACCAGCCAGACCAUUGACCAAAACACUGCUCUAUGGGUUCAUAAAAUGUCCAGCAUAAUUUAUGAGUUUUUAGACAAGUGAUUCAGAAACCCUGCUCUUGUUUAAAACCUGCUGGACAUUGAUCAAAACACUGCUCUUGUCUAAAAUCUCAUAAAUUAUGCUGGACAUUUUAUGAGGUUUUAAACAAAAAAUUCAGAAAUCUAAUUGGGGAUGCUACCAAGCCCAACUCAUUCCAAGCCUUAAGAAGCCCAAGAAAGUCCAUCACAUAUGAUUUAUAUGUCUGCCAAACAUACCAAGAGCAUGGUGUGAGAAGGCUUGUGGUGCUUAGAGCAUCUGCAUCGUGUCUCUAAAGGUAGGGGGUCCACGAUUUUGGACAAAACCGUAUACAAUGUGUGCACAAUAAGAAACGUAUAAUGUGUGAUUUUUGCACUGUUCACGGACCCCACUGACACGUGGCGGCUCGAGAUUAGUGCGCUUUUAUUUUUUUUUUUAAAUAAGAAAAAAUAAAAAUUAAAAUUAAAAUAAAAAUAAGAAAAGUAUAUGGGAUAAAGAUGUUCUUACCACCUCAACAUAGCAUACCUGUAAAAAACUUUCAAAUUAAAAUCUACCUUUUAAAAUUGAUUUUCUCUUAAUAUAUAAGGGAUUAUAUAUUUACCACAUAAGGGAUGAUAUCUUUCCCACAUAAAUUUGAAGUUCAGUUGAUGACUGGUUGAAUAAAAUAGAAGUCAAAGAUACGGUCAAAUAUUACUAAAGUUAAAGAUUUUGAAAAGUUAAUGCAUGAUAAAAAGAACGAUAUUUUUUGACAAACCUAUAAGUUUGUACGCAGUACGCGUCCUAAUUGUAUUAUUAGAACGGAACAAACUUUGCCAUGAACCGAGAGAAGUACAAUCCAAUGAAUCACUGUAAGAUCAUCAGACGCCGCACACAAUCAUCCACGACCUCCUCAACGUAUGUAGGAGGGAACCUAGAGACGCUUCCCAUCGAUCUCAUCGUGGAGAUACUCAAGAGAUUACCAACAAAGACCAUUGCAAAAUGCCGUUGCGUCUCGAAGCAGUGGGGUUCCUUACUUUGCGAUCCAUAUUUCACGAAAUCAUUCCUGACAUGUUCGUCAACUCGGCCACGUCUUCUGUUCACAUUCGAAUUUGGCGGCAAGUGGCAUUUCUUCUCGUCCCCUCAGCCUCAAAAUGGCGAUGAGCAGGUUGUAAUAGCAGAUUAUCAUAUGGGUUUCUCUGGAGAUUGGUACAAGGAAACUUGUAUACUCGCCAACGGGUUUAUCUAUCUAAAUGAUAGGAAGAUGUUAAAGGAAAAGAUGGAAAGGGUUCCUGUGAUAUGUAACCCUAGCACGGGUCAGCAGGUACAUUUACCUAAAGUGUUAGCAAAGAAUAAGGACUUGAGAAGCUUUUUAGGGUAUGAUCCGAUCGAGAAUCAACUCAAGGUUUUGUGUAUGACUGUGGCAAGGUAUAGAGAACAAACUAACUCUAGAGAGCAUCAAGUUCUGACGUUAGGGAAAGGAAAACCAUCAUGGAGGAAGAUCGCAUGUUUGUUUCCGCAUUUUCCUGAGAAUUUCGGAACUGGGAUAUGCAUCAACGGGAUUUUGUAUUACAUAGCUCGGAGCAACUUGAAUACAGUGAUAGCAUGCUUUGACGUUAAGUAUGAGAAAUUUAGGUUUAUACAAAUAGAUGAUGAGAACUCUAAGUUGUAUUGGUUCUUGACGUUAAUAAACUACAAGGGAAAGUUAGGUGCCAUAGUCUAUGAUCGUAGUGCCAAUGGUCAGUUAUGGGUUCUAGAUGAUCCUGAAAAGGAGAAAUGGUCGAAGCAUAUCUUUCAUUUGCCAGAUGCAGCUUUUUGGAUCGUGAGAUCAAUUUGGGCAACUGAUACGGGUGAAAUUGUUUGGACGCGAAGUCGUUGGACCCAUCCAUUCUAUGUCUUCUACUACAAUCUAGAGAGACAGAGUGUUAGAAGAGUAGAGAUCAAAGGAAUUGAAGGGAAGGUAUUGAUGGGUCACUAUCGCCCCGAAGCAAUCUUAACCUUCACAAACCAUGUUGAGAAUGUGAUGCUUCUGUAAUAAAUAUGUGGCUGAUCGCAGUGUUUUUUUUCUCUUUUUUUUUGUUGUUUCCUUGUUUGAUUCUAACUUUUAAGUCUUUUCUUCAAUUGAUCAUUUCUGAAUCUUAAUGUUUAGUUUUUUUUAUUUGAUUUACUUGUGUAUUUUUCUGUCACUUAACUCUCAACGACAUUGAUCUCGUUAUUGUUUUCCUGCUACUGCUUUUUUUUUUAUAUGCAUGAUAUCACUUACAGAUUACGUAAACUUGAGAAACAAAUCUUACGUAAAAAUAUAUAAGCCACAUAACGUUAGUCCUCGUGAGCUGUGAGGUUUUGAUGAUGCCAAUAAGCAAGUAUGAUUGAGGUGCGCGGGUGUAUUCACUUUUUAACUUUUAAUAUUAUCAUAAACAUAAUUGUUUAUGUUAUUGUUAUAGAUUCAUAAAUUUUGACAAUGGUGUGUCUUAUUCAAUGUGUUUUGCGUCUAUUUAUGAACUAUGAGAUUAUGUUUUUAUUUUAUUGUGAUUUUAUUUACUUAGUAAAGUGAAAAUUAAAUUAUAAAAUUUGAAAGUUUUUGUUUUAUGAAAUUAAACUAUUAAUAUUGGGAUUUAAGUUGAACAUUAAGUUCAAAUUUUAUAUUGAUAUUUUUAAAACAAAUAUAUUAUUUAGACAGAAACAUAAAAAAUAAUGAAAGCAAGUUACGCAAAAUACAAUUGUACCACAUUUUUGAGAAAAAACUCCAGUAUAAUUUUGUAAAGAACAAAAACACAGUGGAUAAAAAAUAGAGUCUCAGAUUCUAAAACAAUACCUAUUUGGAAAUAAUACCUGCUAAGCCACCGCCUCCUGGACCAGUCACUACCGGACGUGAGACUAGCUCUCCGCUGCGUAGUCGUGCCUCUCCUAUGCAAUCACCGCAAGAAGCUCUCUCAUCUGAAAAUCCCGACUCUAGCUCGUUCAUUCAAAGCUUGUUUGAGUCUGACGACUGGCAAUUUGGCAUUUGUUCGGCCAAACCUUCAUGGUUCCUUCACGGUAAUGCUGGAACUAGAAGCUCUUGUCUUAACUCAUUGCUCAUCGUUGCUUUAGAACUUCUCGUCAAGCCUCAAUAUAUUUUCAAUGUCGUGGAUAUAGUCAUCUACUCAUUACUGGAUUCACAUAGUCCAUCUAUUCUAGUCAAUGCCAAAUCAAGUCAGUUAGGACUUUGUUUUCUAUACGGUCAUGGAGCUUUUCACCAAAAGCUCUUGUCGGUCAUCAUUCCAACCGUUGCUUACAGGUGUAUCAACGUCGUCUUCGACUAUCAGUUCGCUUUAGGGAAAAAGAUGAAGUUUCUCCAUGAGACUCUUUAUACCGCUGAGCUUGACUCGCCCCUUAAAAGCUCUAUCUUUCAAUGUUUUGUAAUGUUGUUUAGUAUUAUCCCAUCGUCGAGCAUGGCUCCGGGAUCUUCUAGUUUGAUUGUAAACUUUGUUGCUCUUUGAGCUUUUAUAAUACAAGUUGUGACAAAAAAAAAAA